AUGUGCGCGCUCUGCUUCCCUGGAGACCUGAGUCCCCAGAUUGCAGCGCUUCAGCUCCAACCGGAAGUUGACAGGUGGCGCGUGUCUGCGGCUGCUGCGUUUCGUCCGCGGCUGUUGGGACGGAACUUUCCUUUGUCUCCGUCACCUGAGGCCGAGCAGGUGACCGCUAGUGGCCCUCCCGAGGCCGAGGCGGCGGCUCCCACCGUCCGGUCGUGUCCGGUGUGUCCCGGGCCUUCCCUCUCCGCCGCGGCCGCCGCUUCCCGCCAUUCCCGCCGCCGCGGCCUCCACUGCCCAGUGUCCGGAGCUGCCGAGCGUGUGUCCCCCGGGCCGGAGGCACCAUUGCUGCUUGGCGAUGUGGUCAUCUUCUUCACCCAGGAAGAGUGGACGUUGUUGAGUGUUGCUCAGAAGAAACUCUAUAGGGACGUGAUGGUGGAAAUCUUGGAAAACCUGAACUUCUUAGUGUAUUUAGAUCUGAGACAUGCGAGAACACAUACAGAAAAGAAAUCUUAUGAGUGUCACCAGUGUGGGAAAACCUUUCAUCGCCUUGCUCUUUUAACUCUCCAUGCCAAAACUCACUCAAGAGAAAGACCUUUGCAAGGAGAGAGACCUUAUGAAUGUCAGGAAUGUGGGAAAACAUUUUCACAUUCACGUACCCUCGCAGUACAUGGAAGAGUCCACACAGGAGAGAGACCGUAUGAAUGUCAGGACUGUGGGAAAGCCUUUGCUCUCUCAGGUAACCUCACUGCACAUAGGAGAAUCCACACAGGAGAGAGACCUUACGAAUGUCAGGACUGUGGGAAAACCUUUCCCCGAUCAACUCAGCUCACUGUGCAUAGACGAGUUCACACAGGAGAGAGACCCUAUGAAUGUCAGGACUGUGGGAAAACCUUUGUCCAAUCCAGUGACCUCACUGUGCAUAGAAGAACUCACACAGGAGAGAGACCUUACAAAUGUCAGGACUGUGGGAAAGCAUUUCCACUAUCAAGCCAGCUCACCAUACAUAGAAGAGUUCACACGGGAGAGAGGCCUUAUGGAUGUCAGGAAUGUGGGAAAACCUUUGUCAAAUCAGGUGACCUCACGAAACACAGAAGAAUUCACACAGGGGAGAGACCUUACGAAUGUCAGGACUGUGGGAAAACAUUUUCUCUCUCAAGUAACCUCACUCAACAUAGAAGAAUUCACACAGGAGAGAGACCUUAUGAAUGUCAGGAAUGUGGGAAAACCUUUCCCCGAUCAAAUCCCAUGAACAUGGCUUUCUGCUUUUUCAUUUGA